GGCCCUGGCCGGCAUCAACAUGCUGCUCAACAACGGCUUCAGGGAGUCGGACCAGCUUUUCAAACAAUACAGGAAGGAGGCUCUCGUUCACACAUGUUUAUUGAACAGAUACAAGAGCAAGGGGAUGGAAACGUUGCCGUUACUUGUCGCUGUCACGGUAGGAGUAGAGAUGAAUCUUUCAGUCUCUCAUUGAAAUCAUAGCCCAUUGAUGAGUUUUGGAGCCAGCUUUGUCAGUUUUUUGAAUGCCAUGAUGACAUUUGAAGAAGAAAAAAUGCAGUUGGCAUGUGAUGAUUUAAAAACUACAGAAAAGCUGUGUGAAAGUGAGGAGGCUGGAGUUAUUGAAACCAUCAAGAAUAAAAUUAAGAAGAAUGUCGAUGUCCGAAAAUCGGCCCCUUCUAUGGUUGAUCGGCUUCAGAGGCAGAUAAUCAUAGCUGACUGUCAAGUUUACCUGGCUGUGCUCUCGUUUGUAAAACAAGAACUGUCAGCCUAUAUAAAAGGUGGGUGGAUCCUUAGGAAAGCCUGGAAGAUUUACAAUAAAUGCUAUCUGGACAUCAAUGCCCUCCAGGAGCUAUAUCAGAAGAAGCUAACUGAAGAGUCCUUGACUUCUGAUGCUGCAAAUGAUAAUCACAUUGUGGCUGAAGGGGUGUCUGAGGAGUCUCUAAACAGACUGAAAGGUGCUGUUAGCUUUGGAUAUGGCCUUUUUCACCUUUGCAUAUCCAUGGUGCCCCCCAACCUGCUCAAAAUCAUCAACCUGCUGGGUUUUCCUGGAGACCGCCUGCAAGGGCUUUCUUCACUGAUGUAUGCAAGCGAAAGUAAGGACAUGAAGGCCCCUUUAGCUACAUUAGCUCUGCUCUGGUAUCAUACUGUGGUCCGCCCAUUUUUUGCCUUGGAUGGCAGUGAUAACAAAGCAGGCCUGGAUGAAGCAAAGGAAAUUCUUCUCAAAAAAGAAGCUGCUUAUCCAAAUUCUUCCCUCUUCAUGUUUUUCAAGGGACGUAUACAACGAUUAGAGUGUCAAAUCAACAGUGCCUUGACUUCAUUCCACACUGCUUUGGAACUUGCGAUAGAUCAGAGAGAGAUCCAGCAUGUCUGUCUGUAUGAAAUCGGUUGGUGCAGCAUGAUAGAGCUGAAUUUCAAGGAUGCAUUCGAUUCCUUUGAGAGGCUGAAAAAUGAGUCCCGGUGGUCCCAGUGCUAUUAUGCCUAUUUAACUGCAGUUUGUCAGGGAGCCACUGGUGACGUGGAUGGGGCGCAGAUAGUGUUUAAAGAAGUUCAGAAACUCUUCAAAAGGAAAAACAAUCAAAUUGAACAAUUCUCAGUGAAAAAGGCAGAGAGGUUUCGGAAGGUAGCUCCAACCAGAGCGCUGUGUGUGCUGGCCUCCAUCGAAGUGUUAUACCUGUGGAAAGCCCUUCCCAACUGCUCCUUCCCCAACCUGCAGAGGAUGAGUCAAGCUUGCCAUCAAGUGGACGAUCCAUCUGUCGUUGGAUUAAAGUAUUUGCUUCUUGGUGCCAUACACAAGUGUCUGGGAAAUUCGGAAGAUGCUGUUCAGUUCUUUCAGCGCGCUGUUAAAGAUGAGUUGUGUCGUCAGAAUAACUUCUACGUCCAGCCAUAUGCCUGCUAUGAACUUGGCUGUCUCCUAUUAGACAAACCGGAGACUGUAGCAAGAGGCAGAGCUCUACUUCUUCAAGCAAAGGAGGAUUUCUCUGGCUACGACUUUGAAAACAGAUUGCAUGUCCGCAUCCAUGCUGCUCUGGCCUCUCUGAGGGAGCUGGUUCCUCAGUGAUAGACUCGGAGUUCCUGCUCUGUCCCUCCCCACCAGGUUCUGCACUUUAAAAUAAAAGCAGAGGACACAGCUCUUCCGGAAGCCCGAAGACCGGCUUUUCUUCUGAAAACCACCUGUGCCAGGGACACAUUUCCCAGUUAGGCCGACAUAGUAAAGACCUCCUCUUUUAAACAUAUAGCUACAAAGUAAUAAUAAUGAGGGUACUAGUAACUAUAACCACCUGGGGAGAGGGUUAAGUGACCUUGUUCAAACAUUUUAGUUUUGUGAUUUAUUAUUUUUAAAAUAAAAGCAAACUAAAUACUCAACCUGUGAUCUUCUAGGAAUGCCUACCUUAAGCACACAUCCAACGCAUAACACUAGGAGGCACCUGUAAAAUUAUCAGCAGUAUUAUGACAUAGCCUUUAUAUUGUGUUUUGAAAAAAAUAAAAGUGCUUUCUAGCGUUUUACUUUAUCCUCUACCUUGUGAAUAACACAGCACAGAUAUUCUUAUUCCCUUUGUCCAGACAAUGAAACUCAGACACAAAAAGGCCAAUUGACUUAUCCCAAUCGAUUAUUCCUGUUAUCAGUGGAGCAGUGAAUAGAACGCAGACCUCCUGACCACAGAAUAUUCUUGUAAAACAAAAUGUGUUAAUAACCCAGAAUUUCAUGUUUUCCUUAUUAAAAUGCAAAUGCUCUUCAGCUGAA